AUGCAUUCAAUUUAUAAAAAGAAAGUUGGGGUGGAGGGAAAUGAAGACAGAAUUAGCAACUUACCAAGCUGUCUUAUUGGCCAUAUCCUCUCUUUCCUUCCAAUAAAGGAAGCAGUGGCAACUGGUGUAUUGUCAACAAAAUGGAAGUAUCUCUGGACCUCAAUCACUAAUCUGGACUUCGAUGAUAAGUGGCUACUCAAACCUAUAUAUUCUCAGAAGUGUACCGAACAAAAACUUGUAAUGAGUUUCGUAAAUUUUGUCAACGAAGUUCUCAUGCGCAACAUGCCAGAUUUGCAUACAUUUCGCCUGGGAUGUACUUGGAGGUAUUCACAUCUUAAUGUUUGGAUUUCUACUGCACUAGCACGUAAUCUGCGUGAGCUUCAUCUUUUCUUCCAAAGGAUAUCCUACCAUCAAGGGCUGCCUCUUGAGGUUUUUACUUGCACAAGUCUAAUCGUACUUGAACUGGUUGGUGGAUUUGUUCUCAAUGUCCCUACUUUGGUUUCUCUUCAGAAUCUCAAAAUCCUCCUUAUUCAAGGACUUGAAUUUUCGGAUGAUGACUCAAUUGAUAGACUCUUUUCUGGCUGCCCUCUGCUUGAAGAGUUGUCUGUAAAAAGAUGCAAUUACAGAAAGAUUAGGGUGUUCCACAUUUCUGCUCCUGUUCUCAAGAGUUUAGUUAUAAAUUGUUACCGUGAGGGUGGCUACAAUGUUUUUAAUAGUUACCCUCAGGGUGGCUACAAGCUUGUACUUAAUACACCAAAUCUUCGAAAUCUUGAAUAUAAUGGCUAUGUAGGCGAUGCCAAAAGCUAUUCGGUCGAUAAAUUAAAUGCCCUUGUCAAUGCAAACAUUAGAUUUGUACUAGGAGACAGCCCUGACCGUCAUUAUUCCGUGGAAGGACUUGUAGCAGAAUUUGUUGAAGGAAUAUCUAAAGUUCAGAGGCUUCAUUUUAUCUCACCCAGCCCUACCGUUCGUUUGUGCAGGUCUCCGUUGCCAAAGUUUGACCAUUUGAUUUGUUUGGAGAUUGGUGAAAAUGCUGAAUGGAGUUUGUUACUGGAUUUUCUUGAACGCUCGCAACGAUUGGAAAAGCUUAUUUUUAGGAUCAGUGAGAUUGUAGUUUGCCCCGAGAGAAUUCUUGAUUAUUGUGGAUUCUGA